AUGUCAUCAGUCAUCUACGAUAGCGCCUCUCCAGUGGAAGCCAGAGCCGUCAACGUCAUGUCAGUACCCUGGGUCCUCGUCAAAAGAGCAUUGCCAGGCAUCGUCGGACGUCAAACCAGCCAGCCACAGUUCUUGACAGCAAGAGACAGCAUGGUUGCCAUUCCGACAGUCUAUUACGGCCUCGACAGCGGCCCUGAUGCUGGCACCGUUGUCGGCGCAACACUCGGAUCAGUCGCCGGUUUCAUCCUCCUCGUCUGGCUCAUCCAAACCCUCGCAAGCGGUCGCAACAAACAACCGGACGAAGAAGUCAUCAUCCGCCACGAACGCUCGCCCAGAAGACGCCGCAGGUCCGAGAUGCGUUCUGUCAGCAGAGGACCCGAACGCAUCAUCCGCCAAGAAAGAAUUGUCAGAGACUCGAGUCGCGCACCGCCACCCAUGAGAAGCAGCUUUGUCGUUGAGCCUGAGAGAAGAGUCGAUGGAGAUGACAUUGUCGAAGUCAUCGAGGAGCAGUCGAGCGUCGCACCUAGAAGAAAGCCCAGCCGUAGAGGCAGUGGUACAUACCGGUCAGUAGACCCCUUGAUGUAUGACGAUCGAGACUAUGUACGCAGAGAUGUGUAUUAG